UUAUAAUAAUUUAACGUGAAAAUGAUAUGUUAAGCUUGGAUUUUCUCUGUGCUUGAGCACAAGCCCCUUUUGGACAGAGAGAUUAACCAUUAAUAGGACGAACAGAGCUCCUGGUAUGCGGUGGUUAAACUUUGGUGUUGCCUGCGGUUACUAUCCAUCUACUCUCGAACCCCCUCCGUCUACCCGACCAUCCGAUUACCCGACUAUCCGUCUACCCGACUAUCCGACUACCGACCAUAUCCCAGCCAUCGAUCCCCAAGCCAGAGCCAUAUUCCGUAACUCAAUCAUGUCUCAUAUCCGCCCUGGAAUGCUGCCGAUGCCACCGACCAGGAUACCAGGGCAAUAGCAAGAUGGAUGACUGGCGUCCGGGGGCCACCAACAUGCCGAUCAUGUCGCCAUCGCCGUAUCUCCUCAGCCGCUUCACCAGCAACGUCCCACUGCCGACGCUCUACGCCGGCGACUCUGCGCGAAAGCCGAAGCUCUCCGUGAUCGAGCUGCUGCUGUACAACAUGGCCUCCCUGCUGGCGGGCGUGGCGGCCGGCUACGAUGUCCGGAUGUCGAACGUGUCGCCAGUGCAUCCCACUUUGCUGAGCGAGGUGCCCGCCCUGAAAGCGGCACCGAAAGCCGCAAUUACCGGAGGUCCGGAGGAGGUGGAUGCACUGCAGGAGCAGGUGCUGGAACUGGAGGUGGAUGUGGCACUGCAACAGCAGGAGGGCGAGCAGCAGGAUCCACGGGAAGGCACGCCCCGCAAGAUGGCCACACCAGCAAGAUUUGGUGGCAUUGAAGCUCCGAUCAGCAAAUCGCAGCCCACAUCGCUGGCCCGGCGAAUCGGAGGCAGUCAGCAGUACUACACACCCGUGCAGCGCACACCACAGCAUCAGUUGCACCAUCACCAGCAGCACCAGCAGCAUCAGCAGCACCAUCACCACCACCAACCGCAGCCAGUUCCAUCGGCCGUGGUGACAACAGUAGCGCCAGCACAGCCACCAGCCGUGGUGAGUGCACUCUACGCCGGAACCCAGCCACCGACGCCAUCGCCACGCCGCAAGCUGAGCAACAGCAGCUUUGGCAACGCCAAUCCCCAAGCGGAUGCCUUCGAGGAGUUCCGUGUGGGCGGCGGCAUCGGACCACCGCCCCUUUAUGCGCCAGCCGAUUACCUGAGAAACGGACCCAGCUACUCCAACGAUGGGGGCAACUAUCGCAAUGGUUACUUCGGUUCCAAUUACUUUCCAUACCGGCCGGAGUUGAACUACAGCUACGAGCGCGAUUGCAAAUCGUAUCCGGACUACUCCUACGACUAUAACCAUCGGCUGCCGGACUACUACGAUUACCAGUAUGAGGCGCCAGUGGUGCCGCUGCCCGUGACCGUUCCCUGUCCAGUUAGCCAGACCCGCACACCGCCGCCCCGGGUGCCGCAGAUGGGCGUCAGUGCGGCCGGACACCGACGCACGCCCUCGACCGUUUCGAACAACUCCAAUGUGCUGCUGGAGCACGAGGAGCUGCUGUGCUACGACUACAACAAUCUCAAUUUGAAUGCGGAGUACGAGCGGGAACGCGAGCGAGAGCGAGAGCUCGAGCAAGUGGCCCCGCCCACCAAGCAGGAACUGUAUGCCGGCUCGCCCAAGCUGCUGAACCGCCUCAUCCACAGUCCUCUGCCGAUGACCAAGAGCAACUAUGCCACGGCGGCAGUGACGCGACCCGCCAGUCUGCCCUUCGAGCAGCACGUGCUCUCGCUGGGCUAUCAGCAAUCGGGUGUGGGUUCGGUGGUGGCCGCGUUACCACCACCACUGGCGGCCGGUCAGUCCAAGCUGCGCAGCUCGCUGAAGAAGUACAACAGUGGCAAUGGCGGCAAUGGGUCCACAUCGUCGCAGCAGGGCACACCCACUAAUCCCACGCCGCCGGACUCGUUGACCAGCGACGAUAGCUCCUACUUGAGUGCCAAAGAGGGUUCCAUUGGCUCGCAGCACAGUCGCGUGCGUUUCAGUCCGGAGGCCUAUCUGGAUGCCAAUCCGCUGCCCGCCCUGGGACGCAGAAUGACGGCUCCGGCGAUGCAGCUGCCACACCAACAGCAGCAGCAGCAUCAGCAGCAACAGCAUAGACGCCAGCGACAGGCCUCCAGUGGCAGCACUCCGUCGCCAUCGGCCUCAUCCUCCUAGCAAUCGCGCCUGGCGCUAACCCUGCAGUUGGCGCGUAGUCCGGGCGCGGACAUUGGAACCGGCGGAGGAGCGGCUGGCCUGGCGCUGCACCAGCAGCGGGUUCCCUAUCGCUGGUACUCGGGAGCCCGGCGUUCGCGAUCGGCGCACUAUGAGUACCGCUUGUGAAAGAGCAGGACAGGCUCAUCUGGGCAAGCGAAAAAGAGGGGGAUAGCCAUAGCAGCUGGAAGAUCCAGGAGGCGUUGAUUGCAUCGAUCCCUCAGCUGCUGAAUGGGAAUAAUCAUCUACAGAAGAGAAGCAAAUAUGAAAAGCUGCAGUAAAACACAAUAUCAAUGGUCGAGAAAGCGCAGAUAAAUCAAAUGGUUUUCAGGAAGAAUUAGAACAUACAUAUAUCAAACGGAGGAACAUUACGAAUUACGAAGAUACUCUAGCUACUUGCGGAAUUUCAAAUCAAAGCAGCGUCUGUACAUAAGAAAGUAGUUACCAAGUUGUUCACACCCCAGUAAAUAUAUACAAUUCGAUGUUAAUGUUAGCCAACAGAUAGACAGGCAAGCAAACCAAAUCCUAAUCGAUCCUCUGCCGAGGACUCAGAGUGCUCCUGCUGACCUACAUAGACACACUUGUGCAGCCCCCGACUUGUGCGAUUUGCCUUAAAAGUAGAGUGAAGACUUCACUAGUUUUGCCUGAUGCCGGAUUCCGAAACCAAAAAAUGUAUAACUCACAUCCAAACGAAUCCCAAUCCCUCGUGUAAGAUUAGCAGAAGCCCUUUGAUAUGGCUUAUAUACUCCCCUUUAUGUAUUAUACACCUAGAUAUAUAUAUACAUAUAUAUAUCGACUAUAUCGAUUGCGUUCUCCGAUUUCUGACCUCUGAAUUUUGAUUCAGAUUAAGUGCAGCCAGCUAGCAAGCCAUCAACAACAAUAAUAAUUAGUAAUACUUUGUAAUUCCGAGGACACCGCAUCCCGAUCAAGACACACGCCAGCCGUAAGCUCCAUUUUUAAGUCUGACAAAAUGUUUAUAUAUUCAUAUACCUAGUGAUAGACACCUAGUUAUAGACCGAUAUUCGAAUAGACGCGUUAACCCACAAAACCACUAGCUCUGAAUUGAAUUGAAUACCAGUUUAACUCGAUCGAUUUACAAUUACUUAUAAUGGAUAUAUACGAGUAUAUACAUGCAUAUACAUACAUAUAUAUAUAUAGAUAUAUAUAGAUAUAUAUAGCUAUAUAUUGAACACAUAAAGAAGCAUAUUGCUGCUGUUUUUUCCAAAUACUGAAUAGCUAUGAUAAUGAUAUAAUGGCGAUGAAUUUGACUACCUUUGCAUAGAUACAGAUACACACUAUAUAACCACGUUUGUUUUCGAGGUGUUUUCGAAAUAUAUCUCUAAUUAUGUUCUAAUUUCCUUCAGCAUUUUGAAAACACCUCAGAUCUUUAGAUCCGAUCGCCACAUGCACAAAUGGCAUCCUUCGACUUUCGAGGAGCUGAAUUCAGUUGAAGAUUUCGUUACUCGACUCGUUUGCCACUCGAACAAAUCCCGAAUCCCACUAGGCCACAUUUUCUAUUGAGCGGGUGGCAAAUGGGCCUCCUUAUGCCUACAUACAUGCAUAUAUGUAUGCAGCAAUUAAUAACUAUAAUUUAGACAAAUCGUUGUUUAUGCUCACACAAAGCCGAAGUUAACCAAAAAUAGGAACCGAUUGACCAUUGCCCACAAACCAAGCAAUAUAGCCACGCAUCUGCCCAAAAGAAAAACAAACACAAAAAUCAAAAAAUAAUAAGGAAACCAGUUUACCCACUAGCUUAAUUGCAUUUGCCUGCAUUAUUUAUUAAUUAGACGGAAGGCUUCGAGUUCUUAAGUUUAUUUUCAUUGGCUGCUUAAUUGCCUUUGAAUUAGCAAGCGGGAAAAUUGAAUUCAAAAUCAAAUCGACUUGAAUUA